AUGUCGAUAUUGAGUCGCUUCCGCGGCCGGUCCGCCGGAGGAGAUCAAGCACAGGUCGAUCCGCAUCAGUGGCGACUCCCAUCUUCGUACUCGACAUCCUCCAAACCAGGGACGCGAGAAACAGUGAUCCCAAACCCAAGAAUCUUCAGAAACGCCUUUGUGCCCAACGAGCCGACAGCGGCAAGGAUCGGCGCCGACACCAGCCUCGUCUACCCCGACGUCAGCCAUGCGGCGGUGCACCUGGCGCUGCUCGAGAGCUUUCAAAGACUCAGACUCUCGGCGGCCAGCAGGCUCGAUGACGUCGAGGUGGUCGAGGACCAGCCGCCGCCGGCAUUUUCCGAAGACGAGAAGCGCGACGUGCUUCGCGAGCAGCAGCAGCAGCAACAUCGUCCACCGACAAGUACAAAGCUGCCCGAGCCGGAGCGAUGGGACCUGCUGAUCCGGCUGGCCAUCACGCGCUUCACGGCCUGGUGGAUGAACAUGGACCGGAUCCUGUACCACGCCACGGCAUUCACGCACCACGCGGGCACCCACGCCGGGGUGCAACUGACAAAGGACUACCUCCCGCCGCUGGACGUGCUGCUGGUGUGGUACGCCUUCAUGCUCGACGAGGAAAGCUACACGACGGCGUGCUCCUACCAAGAAACGCCCACCGCCCGGAUCGGAGACCUGUGUUUCCCCUGGCCGGCCAUCCGCGACGCGCUCGACCUCGACUCCCUGGCCUACAGGAUCACCAGGCCGGCCGAGAAUCUCUUCGCCACCUUGACGUCCCAGUCGGCAGACAUCCUGACCUACCUCGAAGGGCCGCCCGCGUACGUCGAGUGCCCGGAGCUGCCCGUCGACAUCGACCUGUUCGGACAGGUGAAGCGGUGCGAGAGAUUCAUGGACGAGGCCCACCGGCUGCUGUGGAUCCGGUCGCCGUCGUUGCAGGGCUCGCUCGAACGCGCGUUCCUGCAGUAUCUGGAGCGUCAGCUGUCUCCGACUCCGAUCUCCAGCGUGGCCACGGCGGCGGCAGCCGCCCAAGAUGAUUUCCCUUUGCCCUUUGGCGUGGAAUUGGUCUGGAAAACGCACAGGCUCUACCCGCGACUCUACCGGCUGUUUCGGCAGGAGAUUGUGCCCGCGCCCACGCCCACGCCCACGGACACCAAAUCGCCGCGAAUCUCCACGGCGGCGGAGUGGCUUGGUGGCAGUGACGUCCCGGAACGGAGCAGCCGCCAGCCGUCUUCCUCCAAAGAGUAUGACGAGUGCUACUGCUGGACAUGCGAACGCAUCCGCGACGACAUCCCGACAUUCAGCUACACCGCCGCCACACAAUCCAGAUCGUCGUCAUCAUCAUCGUCAUCCCGCGCCACCGCCGCAGCCUCCCCGCUCUCCCCUUUGUCGACCCUCUCACCAACCCAAAUCCGCUCCAUCCAAGACGACCUGGGCUUCCACCUCGCCGUCGAGAGGGCCCGGGCGCGCCACUCCCCGCUGCCGACCCGCCCGCCCACCGCGGCCGAAAAGGCCGCCGAGAGACUCGAGGCCAAGAAACAGGCCGAGGUCGGCCGGCUGCCCGGCCUGAACGAGUACCUGGUCACCAUGCCGAACGGGAAGAAGAAGAUCAAGCGGUCCAAGCACACGAACAUGGUUUACAUGGCCAUGGUGUGA